CUGGAUCCCAUCUCUUUAACGGCGUCCAUGCUGUGGAUGGUGACGCCUCUGGGGAUGUCCUGCCAGCUCGGCGGCUUCUUGUCGACUACGAUGACAUACUGCAGCCUCGGAACAUCGCACAACAUCGCCUGAUGGGAGGAAUGUAGCACCACGACAGUCUGGUCAGCAGUGAGCUGUACUGGAAGAGAUGCAGUGAAAUUCAUAAGACGAGAAUACAGAGAAGCUCCCCCUACUGGACAUUGUUGUUUUGUUCCCAAAGAACAGAGAGAAUAUAUGCGUUUUGUAAGAAAGCGUCCCCGCAAGGAUCCGUGGCAGCUCCGAAAAGUGAAACAUGAUGAUGAUGAUGAAGAAAUUGUGGAGCUGGUGCUGGUACGAGCUUUCAAAGAGGCAGCUCACCUGGCCUCUACUGACAGUUCCCUUUUGUCAUGGUAACACCGCUCGGUUGGAGCUCAAGCCCUCGGCUGUUGUGGGUCGUAUGUAUUUGAUCACAUCAAACACAUCCGAAAAACAGUCCCUCUUUUUCGGCCUGCCGUCGUAACGAUAAUACCUUGAGGCAGGUAACCAGGGAAUGGAUUUCCUCCCUGAAUGUCAUCCUCUUCCUAACAAUGCCCACUUUAUGGUGUAAAAGCUGGUAGAAAUCAUCCCACAGCAUCAUGCAGUUUGUAAAAUGCAAAUGUUCAGUCGUGUAGAUUCCUGGAAGGUCUGCACACUCAAAUGCCAGGUCUUUGUGAGAAAAAAAAAAGACACCGCUAUAAAUUACUUUCAAAUUUUCCCACCAUUAAUGUAACUUAUGACCUGUACAAUGCAAUUGAAUUAGAAAAAAAACCAAUCUUUUUGCGAGGAAAUAAAAAUGAAUAACUGAAAUGUGUUUGCAUAAGUGCGCACACCCUAGUACAACUGGAAUGUGGCUGUGUUCAGAGUUAACCAAUCACAUUCAGCCGCCUGUUAAAUAGAAGCUGGCACACCUUAAAAGGCCUCUGAUGAACCCCCGGUUUCAUGCUGUUCUAAUAGGCUUUUCCUGACAUAUUUUGAACUCUUCUCUUUUAUUUUUUUGAAAGUUUGAUGCAAGCACACCACCUGUUAUUUUGAACUGCUUAUCAUUUCCAACACAGUUUCAACUGAAGAGAAACCCCCCUCCGCCUCCGAAGCAUGAUCUUGCCACCACCAUGCUUCACUUCAGUGUCCACCCCACUUGGUCAGGGUCGCGUCAACCAGCUCGGCGGCGUGUUCAUCAACGGCCGGCCUCUGCCCAACCACAUCCGCCACAAGAUCGUGGAGAUGGCCCAUCACGGGGUCCGGCCCUGCGUCAUCUCCCGCCAGCUGAGGGUCUCUCACGGCUGCGUGUCCAAGAUCUUGUGCCGCUACCAGGAGACUGGAUCCAUUCGGCCCGGAGCCAUCGGAGGGAGCAAGCCAAAGCAAAGUGCUUCUCCAGAAUUGGACAAGAAGAUUGAGGAGUACAAGAGGGAAAACCCGGGAAUGUUCAGCUGGGAAAUUAGGGACAAGUUAUUAAAAGAUGGCAUCUGUGAUAGAAACAGCGUUCCUUCAGUGAGUGCCAUCAGUCGCGUUAUGAGGUCCAAAUUCGGCAGUUUGGGUGACGACGAUGAGGAUGGUGAUGAGGUGGUGAAGAGGGAGAUGGAAGACAACGAACCGAGGACUAAACACAGCAUCGAUGGCAUCCUGGGGGACAGAUCCAGUCAUUCGGACGAGGGCUCCGACGUGGACUCCGAGCCGGGCCUGCCCCUCAAGAGGAAGCAACGGCGCAGUCGGACCACCUUCACGGCGGAGCAGCUGGAGGAACUGGAGAGGGCCUUCGAGCGCACGCACUAUCCCGACAUCUACACGCGGGAGGAACUAGCACAGAGGGCUAAACUCACCGAGGCUCGUGUUCAGGUGUGGUUCAGCAACAGAAGAGCCCGGUGGAGGAAGCAAGCGGGAGCCAAUCAGCUGAUGGCGUUCAAUCACCUCAUCCCGGGCGGUUUCCCUCCAUCAGCUAUGUCGGGCCUGCAGCCCUAUCAGCUGCCUGAGAGUCCCUAUCCUGCAACUUCAAUAGCUCAAGCAACCGAACAGCCCGGCACGGUCCAUCGACCGCAGCCUCUGCCGCCGACAUCCGUGCACCAGAGCGGGCUCGGCUCGUCGUCCAGCGCUCAGGACGGAGGUUCGGCGUACUGCCUUUCCUCCGGACGUCACGGCUUCUCAGGAUACUCGGACGGCUUCGUGGCACCGGCCGGACACGGCAACACCGUCAACCCCGCUGCCAUCGGCAACAGCCUCUCGCCUCAGGUGAUGGGCCUUUUGAACCCGAGCGGAGUGCCUCAUCAGCCCCAGAGUGACUUUGCUAUUUCCCCCCUGACCGGAGGCUUGGAGCCUAACGCCGGCAUGGCUGCCAGCUGUCACGGCUCCCAACGGCUGGAGGCUUUACCGGGUCUGACCGGCAUGCCCGCCCUGCCGAGCACUCAGUCUUACUGCCCGUCUUCCUACACCUCGCCAGCCUACGCCGUCGACCACCACCCAUCGUACCAGUAUGGACAAUACAGUCAGAGCAAGGUGCCUUUUAUUAUUUAAAGCGAGAUUGAGGCUUUCAUCGACAUUGAGGCUUUCCUGCACCGCCAGUCUGACCUCCCCCCCCCAAUGCCCCUCCCAACGCCCCACCACUCCCUACCCCAACCGCUGCUUUUGCCAACCACCCCCAAGGCUGACCACGAGGACUACCACAUUGAGAAAGAGAUGCCAGUGGCGCUGGUGGAGGUAUUUCAUUACUGCAAUGCAGGGCGUACUAAUGGGGGGGUGGGGGUGGGACGGGAAUAAUUAGGACCAAAGGUGCAGCCUCUCCAGUUACCUCAUGCGUCUCGUCGUGCGCCAAGGGCCGAGCCUGCGUGUUCAUGCUUGGAGAGGAGAAGGAAAAGCGGGAUUGAGACGGGGUUUGAGGGGGCGGGAAGGGGGGGGGGGGUUCGUAAUACUUUCAAGAUUCUGAACUUGAUUUUUGCAAGGCUGACUUUAGACCCAUUUCCACUAUGCAGUGCAUUGUCAAAACUUUGUAAAACAUACUCAAAUAAUACUUGGGGUCCCAAAACAAAUGGUGGAGCCUGACAAGUUGAUUGGAAUCACCAUCUCAUCUAAACAUCUUUUUGGAUUUAUUAUUUUUUUUAAACCAAGCAUUUUAUUUUUGCUUUCUGGGACCAAGUUGACCGAGGAUGAAUGGAUUUUCCUUUUCUUCAUCAAAAAAAAAAAAAAGGCCAGAUGUUCAUCCUCAGGCUGAACACGAUGGAAAAGAUAUAAAUCUACCCUGAUGUGGUUUCUCGUUGAAGACGAUUUAAACACGUCCAUGGAAGGGAAGAACCACAGAUGUGUGUGAAACGAGACAAGUAGACAACCCAAAGAAAGUGCAAUACCUUCAUACCUCAUAAACGAGCGCAGACCACAUGCACUCGAUAGUGUUCUCCAAGAUAUGCUCCUGCUAUUUUUUUGUUGUUGUUUUGUUGUUAACCGUUAUUCAUUUCGGGUUGUGCGCGUGACCAAUCAGGGCAACUUGUUAAGACUGAUGAAAAUUUAAGCCAACAAAAAAAAAAAAUUGAAGAAAACAUUCGCAACAGGUGAACACACUUGACGGUUCCUUUCUUUUGCGUGUAUUGAAUGAAUUUCCGUAAACAUUUUUGAUCCGUUCCUUAUUUAUUUAGUUUUUCUUAAUUGCUCCGUGUCUUCUGUAAUUACAUCCUCGCAAGUGCUUAUGUAAGUCUUACAAACAAUGUUUAUUAUUCAUGUCAUUGCCUCCCCUCCCCCUCCUCAAAUCAUUUUGUAUCAUUCUCGUUUGGCUUAAAAACCAUUUUGUUUGAAGACUUUUUUUGUGUACAAUACAGCACUAUUUACUAUUUAUAAUAAACAAUGUAAAA